CUUAAGAUUUUAUUAUGCGUUAUUGUGCACGUUUAAUAUUAAAUCGCAUGGGUAUUGGACCGAUUGCGUAUGCGCAGACGUUUUUGUUUCAUUUACAAGGUAUGCGUGUGGCUCGAAUUGCUAUUGAAUCCUAUGAAAACCCACUUUUCGUCAUCGAGUUCGAUUUCCAUCGAUAAAAUCCAGGUUGAAUCUAAAAAAGCUACGUUAGACGUUAAUUUCGUUGCAUGAAGGAAAUCGGCAUAACGUCAAACACCAUUUUUAUUUUUAUUUACCAGGAUAAUCCAUAUAGCUAUUAGAUAACAUAGUGGCCCUACUACGGUAAAAAUGAUGCGCAGGCGGCAUUGAUAUUUUCUAAGAGAAGAUAAUGAUUUUCCGCGUAUGCCACUUCAUUUCACCCACAUUUUCUUUCUAAGCAGCGAUUUCCACACACUUAGCUUGUUUUUCCAGAAUAUCUAAUGAGAUUUAGACAUAUUUUGACAAAAUACUGCACACGUUGUCGAUCUAGAUUGUUGCAAUUAAUUUUUCAUUUUUUUUCUCAUAGUUACUUCAUGAGUUUCCUGUAUUAUAGGCAUAGGCCUAUAAUCCCUUUAUAUCUCUAGUAGCUAUUGGAAAGAGGUUCGGUAUUUUAAGCUGACAUAAUUCAAAAAAUGUGAGAUUUAACUUUCUAUCGAAAUUUCUUAAAUACCCUUAUUUAGUUAUGCCUUUUUUUUUGAAUUAUUUAAGUACUUUACUAUCUCUUUAUUACCUAAAUCAGUUUGUUUGCACAUACCAGCUUUAUAGUACAUUUUUUGGAUUCCAUACAGAGUCCACUUUUCAGGGUCUGCAAUGCUUUGUAGAAUAGCCUCUAGUCUUUGAAGAGGGGGCCAAAACACUUCGGAUUUACGUAGUGUGAACCAAUUAUUGUGUACAAACACAGUGAACUGUUUGACAACUUAAGCCACGUAAAACAAAUAUCGCAAACAAAAUCGUUUUCGUGAAGGUCUGCAGCCUUUGUGUUUUGUUGCCAACAAUUUUUUUUUCUCCAACACAGAAAGUUAAAUAAUUGUUAAAUAAUAGUGGUAUUGAUUGUUGUGUAUUUAAAGCGACACAAUAAAUCCUAAUAUAUCUUAAAACUAUGUAGAAAAAUAUUUUCUGGAUUUUUUUUUCAUAUUUAAGAAGGAUUAAUUUUAAAUGGAUUGAAGUUCUUUCAACUUGUAAUAUAUUGAUUUAUCAUUUUUUUAGCUUUUAAGCUGAAUAGACAUGGCGACCUAAAUAUGAAUAUGAAUAAUGUUAAUAUCAUUUUCACGUCCCAAAUUCAAAGUAAUAGUGACGUCAUAAGCGUCCAACCUGGACAAGGCGCACCUAGUUUUGCGCAAUCUGGAAACUGAACAACCGUUAAACUAGUUUUAAAAACAAUCCGACUCACACGUUUACGAGAGUAUGCGAUAGUUAUCUGUAGUAUCGAGCGUAACCGCAACCACAGUUACAUAAUGCAUAGUUAAAGCGCAUCAGUUACGCGUCUUGCGUUCAAGUAUUGUCGUUUAACUGUUAACUUUUAUUUCUAGUAGGACAUAGUUAGCCGGUAAUCUUUCAAAACCCUCGAUGAGUUUUCUCGAUUCGCUACUGGCGACGAGAGAUAAGUUGAAGCCGACGGUUACGUCCGUGACGUACGCGGACGGUCGAAAGUACCUCGAAAGUAGCGCUGUCAGUAAAAAAAUAUGCGAAAACCUCCCGGGAUAUGUGGUCGAUAUGAAACCGGAUCUCGUCCCGUGUAAAGUGCUCGACGGUCUGUACCUCGGUUCGCAGGACUGUUGCGACCGUGACGUUUUAAACGAAUACGGCAUCCAUGUAGUUCUCAGCGUAGGUGUAGACGCGCCCGUCAAGUACGCAGGUUUCACAUACAAGUUCGUAGAAUGUUUAGACUUGCCCGAAACCGAUUUAGAACGGUGUUUGGCGGACUGUUUACCUUUUCUAACGAACAGCGUCGAGGAAGGGAAAAGGGUUCUGGUGCAUUGCAAUGCGGGUGUAAGCCGUUCAGCGUCGAUCGUUAUAGGGUACCUGAUGGCGAAGAGAAGUUUAGGGUUCGACGAAGCUUACAGCAUGGUCAAGGGAACGCGAGGCUGCGCAAGACCUAACGCCGGGUUCGAGCGUUUUCUGCGCAACUUGAAUACGAAAAAAUGAACGCCAUUUUUGUAUAAAGUUUUCGAUUUUAUCGGAUCGAUCGUCGGACGCGCCGAGAUGUAACGUCAGAGAUAUCUUAAUAAAAUUUUACUUUUCACAUGAAUGCA